UAUAAGCUGGUUUGCCAACCGGCGAAUAAACACCAAAGAAGAAGAAGCAGAAGAAGAAUGAAGCAUCAGCUAACGUUACUGGAACAUAUUUCACUACUUCAGUGAAUAACUUUAUACAUAUAUCAGCUACCUGACUGCUGCAGCACACUAAAGCCUCGUCAUCAUGUCUGGUGGUCCAGCAGUGCAGGUCAGCAUCGAGUCUUCCUGUGAGAAGCAGGUGCAGGAAGUGGCCCUGGAUGGAACUGAGACGUACGUCCCCCCGCUGUCCAUGUCCCAGAACUUGGCAAAGUUGGCCCAAAGAAUUGACUUCAGCCAGGGAUCUGACUCCGAGGAGGAUGGGAUCGAUGGCGAACCCAGGGACCGCGAUUGGACCAAGCAGGAGCCGGAGGAAGAGGAAGGCACGGUGAAGUUUCAACCGUCUCUCUGGCCGUGGGACUCGGUGCGUAACAACCUGCGCAGUGCGCUGACGGAGAUGUGUGUUCUCCACGACGUGCUCAGCGUGGUGAAGGAGAAGAAGUACAUGGCCUUAGACCCAGUGUCUCAGGAUCCAACAGCUGGCAAGACCCCCCAGGUGUUCCAGCUGAUCAGUAAAAAGAAGUCACUGGGCACCGCAGCGCAGCUCCUCCUGAAGGGAGCAGAGAAGCUCAGCAAGUCGGUAGCAGAGAACCAGGAGAACAGGAGGCAGAGGGACUUCAACUCUGAGCUACUGCGACUCCGCUCCCAGUGGAAACUACGCAAAGUGGGAGAGAAGAUACUGGGAGACCUCAGCUACCGGAGCGCAGGUUCCCUUUUUCCUCACCAUGGCACGUUCGAGGUGAUCAAGAACACGGACAUCGAUCUGGACAAGAAGCUCCCAGAGGACUACUGCCCCCUUGAUGUCCAGAUCCCCAGUGAUCUGGAGGGAUCUGCUUAUAUCAAGGUGUCCAUCCAGAAACAAGCUCCAGACAUCGGUGAUCUGGGAACCGUCAACCUGUUCAGGAGACCGCCAAAAACUAAAGCCGGUACCCAGCAGUGGCAUGUGAAGCUUGAAGCGGCACAGAACGUGUUGCUGUGUAAAGAGAUCUUUGCCCAGCUGUCCAGGGAAGCUGUCCAGAUUAAAUCCCAGAUCCCUCACAUCGUUGUGAAGAAUCAGAUCAUCUCACAGCCCUUCCCAGGUCUGCAGCUGUCCAUCUCACUGUGCCACUCUACGGGAGAGAAGAAGAACCAUCGGACGUCUCCAGAGAAACCCAAACCAGACGACCACCUCUACGUACUGGAACACAACCUGCAUCAGAUGAUGAGAGAGUUCCACAAGCAGCAGCUGAGCUCUGUGGUGAUGCCACAUCCUGCCAGUGCCCCCUUUGGCCACAAGCGCAUGCGUCUCGCGGGGCCGCAAGCCUACGACAAGGCUGAGAUCUCCAGCUUGCAGCAAAACGAGGGGCUUCUAGAGAAGAUCAUCAAACAGGCCAAACACAUCUUCCUACGUAGCAGGACGGCACGGACCAUCGACAGCCUGGCCAGCCGCAUAGAAGACCCCCAGAUCCAGGCUCACUGGUCCAAUAUCAACGAUGUGUACGAGUCCAGCGUCAAGGUGCUCAUCACCUCUCAGGGCUACGAGCAGAUCUGCAAGUCCAUCCAGCUGCAGCUGAACAUCGGUGUCGAGCAGAUCAGGGUGGUGCACAGAGAUGGACGCGUCGUCACGCUGUCACACCAGGAACAGGAACUGCAGGACUUCCUCCUCUCGCAGAUGUCGCAGCAUCAGGUGCAUGCAGUUCAGCAGCUGGCCAAAGUGAUGGGCUGGCACGUCCUGAGCUUCAGUAACCACGUGGGCCUCGGUCCGGUGGAGAGCAUCGGAAAUGCCUCUGCUGUCACUGUUGCCUCUCCCAACGGAGAGUACGCCAUCUCAGUGCGUAACGGCCCAGAGAGCGGGUGCAAAGUUUUGGUCCAGUUCCCCCGCAGCCAGACCAAAGAGCUGCCAAAGAGCGACGUCGUCCAGGACGGCAAGUGGAGCCACCUGAGAGGGCCGAGCAAAGAGGUCCACUGGAGCAAGAUGGAGGGACGGAACUUUGUCUACAAGAUGGAGCUCCUCAUGGCUGCACUGACUCCCUGUCCUUAGGUACAGUCUGAGCCUGCAGACUCCUUUCACACGUGGUUUAUAUACAGUUAAAGGGAUAGUUCAGGUGUUUUGAAGUGGGCUUGUAUGAGGUACUGAUCCAUAGUCAGUGUAUUACCUACAGUAGAUGACGGUCAACACGCCACCUCGCCGUCAGACAGCCCUUUCUGACG